AUCACUUUCAACCGAGAUCGAUUGAUUCCCUCUGCCUUCGUAGUCACAACAUACUUAUCAUAUUGAUUAUCAUGGCACCUCUCGAAACCUUCAUCAUCGCACUUCGAGUGCUUUCGUUAUCUUUUGCAGUCUCUUCAACGCAACUUCCAAUCGUCGGACCCAGCAACUUCGACGUUGCGAUUACCUCUAUCCAAUUAACGGACCCAGACCGGCUCGACCCUUUCGCGAAGGAUGGCAGGCUCCGAUCAGUCAUGGUUCCUGGUUCUUCUCCUGCGCCCUUGGUACAUCACGGAUACUAUACAAUAGCAUGCUACAAAGCGUAGCCGCGGCAGGAUAUCUCGUCAUUUCGAUCGAUCACCCAUACGACGCCGACUUCGUCGAAUUUCCGGAUAGAACGGUCAUCCCAGCUGUUGACAUCAGCAUAGAUGCUGAAGUUAAGCUAGCCCUUACCACACGUGUCGAUGACAUCGCCAUUCUAUACCGCGAGCUUCAAAAACAUAUCUUUCGCUGACAGACUCUUUCCCAGCUACCCACACAUAUCUCACAUCUCCAACACAGCGAUCUUCGGACAUUCCCUAGGCGGAGCCGCCGCAGCUGCUGCAAUGUCACAAGUCCCGUCUUUCCGCGGUGGCAUGAACAUCGACGGAACCAUGUUUGAGCGCGUUUUGACAGCCGGUCUUGACCGACCAUUCGUGUUAUUAGGACAUGAGAACAAGACACAGGAAACAGAUCCGUCGUGGAAAUCUGUAUGGCCGAUGUUGACAGGAUGGAAAAAAGAGUUCGAAGUCAAAGGCGCAGCUCAUUACAGUUUUUCUGAUCUGCCGCUCAUCGCUUUGGGUUUAGAUCUCCAGAAACAGCUACAGCCCGAGAUCGGUCUGGUUUUGGGAACGCUAGAAGGCCACAGGAUGAUGAAUCUCACUGUGACAUAUGUAACGGCGUUUCGGGAUUUUGCGUUGAAGUCUGGCUCUGAGGCGUUUUUGGAUGUUGCGAGCGGUAACUUUCUGGAAGUUAUCGAAGUGGCAUAAUAAGU